AUGAAGGGCGGAAUACAAAACCCUGAUCUACACUUUUUUGCAACCUUCAUCUUCUCGUCUCUAUUUGAGCAGCUGAGUCUGGUUGCAGAUAAGGCGAAUGUCAAGGCGAGAGGGGAAAAGAGUGGUGGUGGUGGUGGUGGUGGUGGUGAUACCCUAAUUGCAGCACCGCUCGCACGCUUCUCGAAUUUCUCGCAGAAAAUUCAAGGUUUACUUCCGCCUGAUGGUAGCUUGCGGGUAAUGAAAAUGGAAGAAACCAAGGUGUAG